CAGGAGCCAGACUCAAAAAUCGUGUUGACCGGUGUUAUCCUUAAAUUCUAGAGAAGACAAAUCUAGUCAUGUUUGCUGGGUAGCAUGCGCCGAUGUGGAGUUGCGUAGUAGUAGGUUCUAUACUAAUAUGGCUUUAGACUUGACGAUGACGUUUUUCUAACUAAUAAUGAUUGAGGCAUCUACACCACGGUCCACAUUGAUAUUGUAUUUGCGACAGUGCCUCUGUUUGCUAUAAUUUUCUGGCUAAACCGAUUUUUUUUAAAUAUUCUGCGGAGUAAACCAAAUCAGAAAUCAUGUUAUAGGUUACUUUUUAUCACGAGAAUUAUUGCACAAAGGUUUUAAAAAAUGUUGUUUGCCUGACGUAAUAUUUAAAACCAUAGCCCGGGUGAAUCAUGGUAGAAAAUCUCACACAAAUACGUACUGUCUGACUUGAGAUACGAAUCCAAAACUUUGGAAAGUACCGGAAUAAUUUGUCAAUGGACUAAGUGCACCGACAAUGAAAAUAAUCUAUAAUUCCUUAAAGGCAUUUCAUAGCAAUACUACAUAUUCCAUUAUGGAGAGGCCGUUUGCCAAAAAUGAUAGGAAGGUCAAUUGCAAAAGAUCUUGCUCUUUACUGAGUACACGAAAGGUCCGCACGGCGUCGUAGCCGCGGACGUAGUGUUGGUUGAGAUGAUUCCCAGGCGAACUACUCACUGAGACCAGUUCCGAGCUGAGGGUGGGCUGGGCUGGCGGGACACGGAACGAUCGCAGGCGCGGCGUCGGCGCGGCGCCGGCCUGGCGAGCGGAGACGGCGCGCUGGAGCCGACGCGAGCCCGCGGUGAGGGCGGCGGGGCCACCGAACCGCGCACGCGCGACUCUAUCGAGCGCGCGGUGGCAGCAGCGGCCCGGGUCCGUUUUGUCAGUCCGCCCCCAGCCGCGCCAUGGAGCCGCAGGGCGCGGAGCCGCGCGCCGACGCGCCGCUCGCGCCACCCGCGCCGCCCCAUCGACCUCUCGUCAACCCCGACGAGUAUGGCGAAGUUGAUACCACCAGGUACCCGGCGCCGAAAGAUGCUACGCACAAGGUGCGCGGCCGCAGCGACCUGCUGGAGCUGAUGUGCGGCGCGGACGCGGUUGACCCCGAGCUCCUUACUGUGAAAACGUUCUAUUUUUUUUUCUACUCGGCGUUCGGCUCGCUGUUCCCGCUUAUGGGAGUUUACUUCAAGCAGAUGGGUAUGAACGCAGGCCAGUGCGGGCUGCUAAUCGGCACGCGGCCUUUCGUCGAGUUCCUGUCGGCGCCAUUCUGGGGUGGGCUCGCGGACCGAUGGCGCAAGGGCCGCACUCUGCUAUUGGCCUCGCUCGGUGCGUGGAUCGUGUUUACUCUGCCGCUGAGCUGGGUCCAGCCCAAACCGGUGUCCUGUGUGCACCCGCUCAACGAUUCUGCCUACAAUCUCACCGUUCCCAAAUACGAUGAGGACUGGAGCACACCCCCGCGCUCCUUCCACGGACUGAGCAUCCCGCGCGAAGGCUCACCGCUUCCCGUCAGCGAUGCGCUCAAUUACAACCCCAAGGCUAACGGCGACUGGGUCACACCGCUGCACUCUUACAUCGUGUACAGAACGCCUGAUAUUCAGAAGACAUUCUUUUUGCUCUUAUUGCUGGUCGUCAUCGGCGAAUUCUUCAGCGCUCCCGCGAUCACUCUCGCCGACUCGGCAGUCAUUACGCUGCUAGGAGAGGACGCCGACAGGUACGGACACCAACGCAUGUUCGGCUCACUGGGCUGGGGGCUGGCAAUGUUCUUCGUGGGUAUUGCGCUCGACCACAGCACCGCGUUCAGCUCGCACCCCUGCGGCGGCCCUCAACGCUUCGAGAAGAACUACACCAUCUGUUUCGCAACGUUCUCAGUGCUAAUGGGCGCAGCGCUAAUCACCGCAACUCAGAUACGUUUCAAAUACGAGUUCGUAAGCGAAGAGCCGGCAGCGCCGCCGCCGCCCGCUGAGCCCACGCACGAGGAAAAGUUGCAGCAACAGCUGGCGCAGCAGCUUCAGCUGCCAGGACUCGACACCAGCGCGCCCGCGCCGCGCCAGCCUGACCUCGAGCAUGCCAAGGUGUUCGCACAGACGACACGCGAAAUGCCCGAAUGGGUGACGGUACUGCGCCAGUUCCAGAACGUGAAAGCCGCUUCUUUUCUCUUUGUGGCUUGGUUUAUGGGCUUUGGCAUCGGGCUCAUUUUCACCUUCCUCUUCUGGCAUCUACAAGACAUCGGUGGGUCUCCAACAUUGUUCGGCGUCGCAUCGGUGAUUAAUCACAUUUCGGAAAUCUUCGCGUAUUUCUUCAGCUUUAAGCUGAUAACACAAAUGGGACACGUAAAGGUUCUGUGCCUGGGGCUGGCCGGUAAUGUUCUGCGAUUUCUGUACAUCGCAUGGCUGGGAGACCCGUGGUGGGUGCUGCCGUUUGAGUUCGUACAAGGCGUGACUCACGCCGCUGUAUGGGCCGCUUGCUGCUCCUACAUCGCACACGGCGCCCCGCCCGGACUGCGAUCCUCGGCGCAGGGAGUGUUGCAAGGUCUACAUCACGGCCUGGGUCGCGGCUGCGGCGCUGUGUUGGGCGGCAUUGCGGUGGCCAAGUGGGGCACGACUCGCACAUUCGCUGGUUACGGGCUGCUGUGCUCGGUGGUACUCGCCGCGUUCGCGUUCAUCAACUUCCGCGGCGGCGCAGAGGCGGGCGCCGGGCCUGGCUCCGAGGAAGAGGCGCGCGCCGUCGCCGAGGUGGGCGUGCUGGCUCCACACGGCGUGCCAUCCAACCCGCUGCCACGCGCACUCUCUUCCACACGGCUGGCGGACCUCGCACACCAUGACUCAUACGGCGCAACGCAAAAUUACAGCGGCGCAGAGAGCUUGAGCGUGCCGGGCCAGCCUGCCGCCGCGCGCCCCACCAACCCUUUCCUGGCGGAGCAGCAGGCGGCGCCCGCCUACAGAUAAGCGUGCGCCCCCUCCAGCCGUUUUGCCAGCCAGCAGCGUCGACCCGCCGUCCGCCGGUCGACACUGCGCACUACCGUCGACUCAAGCGUUGGAAAUGUAACAAACAACACGCGGCGUAAUUCGCCACUCACCACGCCCUCUGCGUGUUACUAUCAUUUGUUAUCGCGCCGCUUUUAUCUUAACGCGAUUUCUACGUACUACCGACAGAUCGUUUAUAAUGUCGCAUUAAAAAGCUAAAUAACAAAA